UUUGGACUUUGGAGAGGAUUUACACUGUAAAAACAAGCGUCCCUCGCACUCUUCUUCUCUCUCUGACUUUGUUGUAAGCAAUUCUGUAGCACUUCUGUCGUUUGAUUAUAUAUCCCACAGUCGAAGCUGUCGUUUUAUGAUCAGACUCCGCCAUUGACGACUCAAAAAAGAAGUAUCCUUUCUUGAUGAUCCAACUGGAUGAUCGAGCCUUGCGAUAUAUGCGGUGAUAUAGGCUUUGUAGAGGAUAUCAUAACUUGCUUUGAGUGCAAAAUUGCAAAGGAACACGGCUAUUGCAUGCGCGAAGUUCUCUUGACUAUCCCCGAAAUUUGGUUCUGUGAAGAGUGUAGGUUAAGCAAGGCCAUAGUUCCCGAGUCUGUUACAGAGGAAGAUGUUCCUAUGUCUUCCACUUCAAUUACUUCUGAAAGUGUCUGUACCAGCCUGCCUUCGCACAAACCAGUUGAUCAAGAAAAUGAAAAGGCUUCAAAAUCAAACACCUCUGAGACUUUGAAUCCAGAAGCGUUAAUUGAGAAUCAAAAGAUAUUAGGUUCUGCUUGUAAGCAAGGGGCUGCCACAGUUGGGAAUGUGAAGAAGUCAUCAGUUUCAACAAAAUCUGAACAUUUAGUGAGAAAUUUGGUCUCAGGUCUUGAUCAGUUGAGUACCAUGGAAACUGCAUCGAAGAGCAGUCCAACAAGGUUGAAAGUUGCUUCUGCAAAGGCAUCCAUAAAGAAAUUUAAAGCAAGUCAUGAUCAUAGAAAAGUACGACAUAGCAGUUCAAAGGUCUGGUCUACGACCCCACAGAAAGCAAUCCAAACAUCAAAAACUUUAAAAGAAACUUCUGCUACAUAUGAAAAGGAGUCGCAUGAUACUAAUGUGCUCGGUGAAAAGAUCGAAACCUCACGGUCACAACAAAGGGAUGGUGAGGAUGUCUCUCCUGAGGGAUCAGCUAGCUUACCUGUAAAUACGAUAGCGAGCACUUUAACCAAGUCAGAUCUAGAAAAGAUAGCUAUGGAGUAUCACAUAGACACUAAUAGGUACCAUCUUUCUCUUCCUAAAUCAUCCGAGAGAGCAAAUUCGUAUUUCCCAUGUAAACACACAUUUUGCAUCUAUGCUGAUGCCUUUAAGGCCGGGCUUCGUCUUCCUCUUCAUCCUCUAAUUUCGGAGAUCCUCAGUGAGUUCAGUGUUGCUCCUACUCAGAUUCCUCCAAACUCGUGGCGGGUACUGAUUUGUUUUAUUUCAUUUUGUUAUUCUCAAAAAGUAACUCCUACGGUGAACCUCUUUCGUGCAAUCUGCUCUCUCAAAGAUCACUCAGGGGAGAGCAACAAGGGGUGGUGGUUCUUUAGUGCUCGGAUUGGAUUCAAGCUGUUUGAGGGUUUUCCGAGCUCCAUCAAGGGUUGGAGGCAUAGGUUUUUUAUAAUUCGAACAUCUGAGAGAGACACAUUAGGCGUUAACACGAAGUGGGGCCCUCCCAAUAGUGCGGCAAAUCAGUUGCCAACUCUUUCAGCUAUGGAGGUCAAAUCACUGGAUGACCUUGUAGCUGCAGCGACAAACAACCCACCUGACAUUAGAGUUUUGUUGUCGGAAGAGGCCUUAAUUCAAGCUGGAAUCAGUUCAACAAUACUAAAACCGAAGGUGUCUAAUGGUGAGAUAAAGCAGCGUCAUAGCUUGUCUCCAUCCGGUCUAGUGAGGGCCUUACAGAGAAAAAGAGCUGCCACAGAUUCUGGGAAAAGCGCUUUGUCUGGUCUUCCUUGUCAAGAGCCAAUCUUAAUAAAUGUCGAUCAGGAGGAUCUGCCCGAAAGCAAGAGGUCAAAGGAAUCUCUGCAACCUAUGGAACAAACCGAUUUAUUGCAACCUAAAGAGCUAACGAAUCGGUCACAAGAGAUUUACCCUCCUGUGACCUCCCCUGCUCAAGAUACUCCUCAUGAAGGCCUUCCUCUACAAGCUUCCCCAGAGUCUAAUAUCCGGCACAUUGCAGGAGCGUCAGUUCACGCAGUUAGCUCAGUUUACUUCAAUACUGCAACAGACAACCUCCCCCUUUCAAAUGCUGGAGUGAGGCAGACAGGAUCCGUGGAGUACACUAUGGAACAAUCAGUUUUCACUCAUCCUGCUCUUGCAAGGAAGCUGAUCAGUCAAAUGGUUCUUCCGCACGACUGUGAUUCCGUGGCUCAGAAGGAUACUUUGGUCAUGGCUCAGGAGCUUAUGUGCCUAGCAAUGGAGGACGCGACCUGGAAAAUGGCAGUGUCUGAAAAGUUGAUCAAGAUGCAACAUGAGAUCAACAUGUUGAAGGAAGAAAGGAACGCACUAAGAGCAGAGCUUGAAUCGCAGAAGAUGGCGGUGGCUGAGUGUGAGUCGACAAGGAAAACGACACUGGAGCUUCAAAGGUUGGAGGAGGAGGUUGAACGGCUCGAGAUCAGGUUAAAGGAGACUGAGGAAAAAGCCUGGACAUGGGAGGAUCAGUUCAUUAAGCUAGAGAGGAGGUUGAAACAGGCUGAUGACCGGGCAGCAUCAGCUGAAAGAAAAGUUGUUGUGGCCGAAGAAAAAUGGCGGCAGUCUGAAAUGACAAAGUCGAGGGUUGCUGAGGAGACACUUAAGAAUUUCAAGGCUUCCGAAGAAUUCCGGCAUGAAGUUGAGGAUUAUCACGCUGAAGCCUACGGCAUGGGGUUAAAUGUCGCCAUCGAGAAGAUCAAGAGGCAAUUUCCAAAUCUAGAUCUAUCGAUUAUCAAUUUUUAUUCCGAGGAUUAAUGAGGAGCCUAUUGAGCUGUGACAGAUUUUCCAGGUUAAUCAUCGUAAACUUACCACCUAGUCUUGAUCUGUUUGGGGCCAUUUAUUGGAUAUCUCCUUAAUUUGUAACUAAGGAAAUCUCUAGCAAUGAAGAACUUUAUAGCACCUUUAGUUCACUGUAAUGAAAUAAGGUGAUAAUGGAAUAGUCAUUAUGUAAUAAUGGGAUAGGGUUAUAAUAGAAUUAAAUAGACAUAACAAGUUGGAUGAAA